AUGGGAAAGGAAAAUGCUCUACCACCAGCGGCACGAGGGGCGAUUUGUGAUAUCGAUGUCGGUGGAGCCGCACCAAUUGCGCAAAGAGUCCGUCCGGUCGCACCCAAAUAUCGGGAGAAGCUGUCAGAUCUCAUCAAAGGACUGUUGGCAGACAAGAUCGUUCAGCCAUCCACGUCAACUUGGGCGUCUCCGAUAGUGGUGAUCAUCAAGAAGAACGGAGUGGACAUUCGCCUUUGCAUUGAUUAUCGAAGAGUGAACCAGCUGACGCGACUGAUGGUUUAUCCCAUGCCGUUGAUCAGCGAUCUGCUGGAAGAUCUGGAUAAAGAUCUAUGGUACUGUUCGCUAGACAUGGCUAGUGGAUUCUGGGUCGUCGAAAUGACUGAACGAGCAAAACUGAUCUCAGCGUUUGUAACGCCGUUUGGCUUGUUCGAGUGGCUACGAAUGUCUUUUGGGCUUAAAAACGCGCCCCGGAUCUACCAACGUCUGGUUUACAAUGCGCUGUAUGGAUAUCUCAAGAUCGGCCAGAGAUCAGCCUCUGAUGGCCCGAUCGAUUUGUUCAAAGAUGGAGAACCUUAG